AGAUUUAUUAAGAUAAAAAUAAUAUAUAUAUCUACAAAUUAUUAAUUUAAUUUGGCCUAAAAAUGGUGGACAAUGUCCAAACUUUUAUUUGAGAAAAAACAAAAUCCGUUACCAGUGUUGUGCGCUGGAUUUCGAAUAAAGGUUUCCCCAGCCUUUCCCUCCAACGUGCUCCAAGGAUUGAAGCAAUCAGACACGCAAGCAGGCAGGUCUUUGGCAGGUCUAGUUACAUAAUGCGGGCAUCAUGAACGUGUUGAUACUGAAUUGUUCAAAGAUGGUCGGAAUAAUGCCGUACACUUGUAGAAAUGCGCUACGUCAAGUCAGAGCUUUGCAUACUACAGCAGUUCAAAAUGCUGAAGCCAGGGUCAAGACUUUUUCAAUUUAUCGUUGGAAUCCAGACAAACCAGAUGAGAAACCAUAUAUGGAAAAAUAUAAAGUAGAUCUGAAAACUUGUGGUCCAAUGGUACUGGAUGCUCUAAUCAAGAUUAAAAAUGAAAUUGAUCCAACAUUGACAUUCCGUCGUUCUUGCCGUGAAGGUAUCUGUGGAUCCUGUGCUAUGAAUAUUGGAGGAACAAACACAUUGGCAUGUAUCAGCAAAAUUGAUAAGAAUACAAGCACGACAUGUGAGGUUUAUCCUUUGCCUCACAUGUAUAUUGUUAAAGAUCUGGUGCCGGAUUUAAAUAAUUUCUAUGAGCAGUAUCGUAGCAUACAACCGUGGUUGCAACGCAGAGACACAAAGGAGACUGGGAAUCAACAGUAUUUGCAGAGUGUAGAAGACCGUAAAAAAUUGGAUGGUCUCUACGAAUGUAUUCUCUGUGCUUGCUGCAGCACUUCUUGCCCAUCCUAUUGGUGGAAUGGUGAUAAGUAUUUAGGCCCUGCAGUACUUAUGCAAGCUUAUAGGUGGAUUAUUGAUUCGCGAGACACUCAAGCAAAGGAGCGUCUAGAAAAAUUGAAGGAUCCAUUUUCCGUUUACCGUUGUCAUACAAUCAUGAAUUGCACGCGGACCUGCCCAAAAGGUCUGAAUCCUGGAAAAGCGAUAGCAGAAAUAAAAAAGCUGUUGGCUAAUUUUAGCCAGAAGCCACAACCGGAUCUCGCCGCAUCGGGAUCUUCAUAGUUAAAGGAAUAUUAAGUAGAAUUAAUGAGUUGUCUUAUACACUUGUCUUAUGUAUUACUACGUGCAGCGAACAUGUAUUCAGCGUGAUUUCAUACGACCGGCGAAUCCAUCAAAUAGCAGAUAAAAUGGUCUAGCAAUCGAGAGAUUAAUCUCAAGCACUACUUGUAAAUAAAAGAAGCUUAGCAUACAGAA